UCGCCUUUUACUACUACCCGUUCAUCAGACGAUAAAAGGCGCGACGGACGAGGGAUAUAGCAUAGCGCUAGGCUCUGCCCUCGACCUAGAGCAAAUCCUCCUACUCGCUCAACCCGCACGCUGGGCGUGCAAUCGACUUGCGCCGCAUACACACGAGCUCUCCCCGACCUAGAUCUACCCACCAUGCUCCCUGCUCAGCGCAACAAGGUCGACAUCAACUCCCUGACCGAAGAGGAGCAAAAGCUCUUCCGCCUAUACGGCAAGCUCCCAAAUCGCAAGGAUGUCAUUGGCAACAAGCUGAAGGAGCGCAAGUACUUCGACUCGGGGGAUUAUGCCCUCUCCAAGGCAGGGAAAGCUCCUCAACAGUCCGUAGGCACGGCCAUCCCUAACCCCGAAUCGAUCCCUCACGCAAGCACGGUCGGAUCUCCCCCGCCUCCCGGUAUGGCUGCAGUCUCAGGCUCUUCACCCACCAACACACCUGGCUCCUCAUUCCCUCAAGAGAGUGGAUCCGCCUCCAGUGGGACAAUGACGAGCAACCCAAUUAAUGUGCCUAUGCCAGCUGCCGCUGGUGGACAAACGGGAGGCGCAGGGCAAUGCGGUGGUGCUGGACCUGCUCUGCCUCACCUGCAAAGGCCCAACCAGUCUGCCGCUGUCAGCUCGUUCCCCACCGCUACGGGUGCUGCAGGGAGCCCGCAGGGAAAGGAGGGAAGCAGCCUGGGGCGCGAGGAGAUCAAGGCUGAUGAUGUGAUGAUGGAGGACUGAGAAGGCGCGAAGCAGGAUACAUCUCUCAAGUCUCAUGGGCCCUUCUUGUAGUAUAGCAUCAUCCUUAUCCCUCCUCGCCCGAAAACAACCUCGCGCGCCGGCUGGCGGCGGUAUCAAGGCGCGCAGAGCAGACUUGGCUUAUCAUCUUUUGCAUAUCAUCUCCUCUCUAGCUCUGUCUCAAUGUGUCUCGAAAGCGAUUCGUCAACCAAU